AUGACAGAGCGGCCGCCGAGCGAGGCGGCACGCAGUGACCCGCAGCUAGAGGGACAGGACGCGGCCGAGGCCCGCAUGGCCCCCCCGCACCUCGUCCUGCUCAACGGCGUCGCCAAGGAGACGAGCCGCGCAGCCCCGGCGGAGCCCCCGGUCAUCGAGCUAGGUGCACGCAGUAGCGCGGGGGGCGGCCCCGCCAGUGGGGGCGGGGCCGUGAGGGACUUAAAGAGCCGCGACGCGGUAGCAGCCGAAGCUCGCCAUCGAGUGCCCACUACCGAGCUGUGCAGACCUCCGGGACCCGCCCCGGCGCCCGCGCCCGCCUCAGCCCCGGCAGAGCUGCCUGGAGACGGCCGCAUGGUGCAGCUGAGCCCUCCCGCGCUGGCAGCCCCAGCCGGCCCUGGCCGAGCGCUGCUCUACAGCCUCAGCCAGCCGCUGGCCUCGCUGGGCAGUGGAUUCUUCGGGGAACCGGAUGCCUUCCCCAUGUUUACCAACAACAACCGGGUGAAGAGGAGGCCCUCCCCAUAUGAGAUGGAGAUUACUGACGGUCCUCACACCAAAGUAGUGCGGCGCAUCUUCACCAACAGCCGGGAGCGAUGGCGGCAGCAGAAUGUGAAUGGGGCAUUUGCUGAGCUCCGAAAGCUCAUUCCCACCCACCCACCAGACAAGAAGCUAAGCAAGAAUGAGAUCCUUCGCCUUGCCAUGAAGUACAUAAAUUUCCUGGCCAAGCUGCUCAAUGACCAGGAAGAGGAAGGCACUCAGCGUGCCAAGCCGGGCAAGGACUCUGUGGUGGGAGCUGGUGGGGGUGGGGCAGGGGGUGGCAUGCCCCCUGAAGACCUUCUCCAGGAUGUGCUUUCCCCCAACUCCAGCUGUGGGAGCUCUCUGGAUGGAGCAGCCAGCCCGGACAGUUACACAGAGGAGCCAACACCCAAGCACACUGCCCGCAACCUCCACCCUGCCCUGCUGCCUGCCACCGAUGGGGCUGGCCCCCGGUGAUGUGCCUGGGGCUGCCCAGGGCCAGCAGGCAGGGCCUGUUUGGCCCCUGCAUUGCUGGGCUUUAGGGCAGGUGGGAUGAGAAGCAGGCAAUGUACUUGAUGAACUUCCCUUCUAGUCUGAACUUUGGGAAGUCCCAACUGACCCUGAGCUGGUGUUUCUGUUUCCUGCCUGGAAACAAGAGGAAAAUGAAGUGAAGUAGUAGGUACUUUAUCUGAAGAUGGCACAGUCUUCUCCCUUUUCCAGUCCCCAGGACUUCCCACUUGGAGGCUCAAGUGUCACUGUUUUUGGUCUAGAGUUUGUGAGCCUUGUUUUGGAAGAGAUUCGGGGUUGUUACCCAUUACCUGAGGCAUCCAGCAGCCUCUGCCUUGCCUUUAGCCCAUCCCGAGCUGGCUGGGGUGGCUUUUGUGGCAGCUUCUGUUCAAAUUAUAGGUACCCAAGAGCUGUCCGUUUCUUGAGCCCCAUCUUCACCCAGGUCCGUGUUGAUCCAUCCAGCUUGCCAGCUGCUCCGGAGAGUCAAGCCUCGAGGUGCCUUCUUCAGGGCCUGGUUGGAAAAGUUGACCAGUGAACAGACAGCCUGAUCUCAACUAGCUGGGCCAGAAAAACCCAACAGCCCUUCUUGCUCUGGGGCAUCAGAGCUCUGCUUUCUCCCCAGUGAGACUUGCCUUCCUAUCCUGCAGCUGUGAGGAUUGGUCAGCAGCCUGGAGCAUGCUCUGUUGGGCUGUGUGCAGGCACAGAAAGGGAGAAUGACAUUAGGAUGACAAGCAAGAGUGUUUGGGGCAUUGGGUUUCAUCUCCUGCACAUCACAAUGACAGUGUGCUGAUGCAUUGCAUGUUGGUGCUUGGGUUAUGCAGCUCAUGGGCUUUCCUAGGGAUGCUUCCUGUUGCAAGAUGUCUGUUGGCUGAGGGUUUGGACUUCCAAAUGGAGUACAAAAUGUCCCAUAAAUACUCCAUUUGGGAUUCUGCCUAAUUGGUUGCUGGUGGAAACUCUGGGCCAUGCUGCUAGGGCAUGGAGUCCAGUCAGAGGUGUGGCCCUAGCUUGAGACCUGAGCAUGCAAAUUUGCUCAGCCCAACUUUAAAUACGCUCCUGUCACACAAUUGCAGGCCCCAUGUGUGUGCAUGGCGGGUUGGUUUAAUGCAACGUGAGUGCCCCUCUAAAAGCUGUACAUGAAAUUUUUGUAAAGCAAAUCCUUCUUCAUCUUUUAAAGAAAUAACCCCUGCAAGUCAUUUUGUAAAAAGGUGGAGAAUCCUUUUGUAGUAUGGACAACUGCCCCAUUGUUUCUUUCCUGAAUCAAUCCUGGUGGUGGGACUGAGUUUUCUUAAAGCUAGGCCUGUCUGUAAUGAAGUUCACAUCCAUGGAACAAACUGCACAGAAGUCCUGUGUAUCUGUCAUUGUACCAAUGUCACCAAGAGCGCUCUCUCUCUCUCUCUCUCUCUCUCUCUCUCUCUCUCUCUCUCUCUCUCUGCCUCUCUCUCCCAGGUUUUGCAGUUGAGCCAGAGAGAAAAUAUCCAAAGGCCCCAUCAUGUACUGUAAGAGCCCAUCACUUUUCUGUUCGAGUUUCAGUACCAUUACGGUGCCUGAGUACAGACUUAGGCAGACAAAGAUGGAUCUUGCUCCCCUCCUCUUCCUAUUAAGUACUAAGAUUCCCCCAGGCAUAGGGGCAAUGUGGUCAGGCACUGGGAUUGUCUCAUACCACACUCAGCUGUCACAUAUUGCCGUGAACACUAAGGUUGGUUUCUUCCCAUUGCAUGGGAGUUAGGACAAGGAGUCUGACCCAUGUGAAAACGGAACAACUGUCCUGAGCUCGAGGGUUGUGUUGUUGUGUUUUCUUCUCGGUGGAAUGAUGACUUGGCAAUGAAAAAUGUUGAUCUGGAGGUGGAUUUUCUGAGAGAGAUCACACAUUUGUUGGGAGCUUAAGCUACGGCUCCCUUUCUCCGCUUUGUAGCAUUGCUGGGAUGGAUGCAGCAGGCAGUGGGGUCCAUAAAGAGCUCUGUUGUGCACUAAGGGUGCAGUGCAGUGGACGAGCAGCACACAUGAGGUUCUGAGUUCAAUACCCAGCACAGACACAAAAGCUUCAUUACCCUUAGUGCUGACCCUGCAGUGAGUUCCAGCCAGAGUUCAGGCCCUGGGCAGUUGAUAUUUGAGUAAUUUAGCUUCUAAAUUACUCUCCCUUGAGCUAUCCAGAUCCUCAUUUCUCUAGAUUAAUCUUAAUUUCUCCCUGAUUGCAAGGCAAGAGAUAGACGUGAGAAGGGGAGAGAGACUGGGAAUACGAGUACCUCCAGACUGCUGUACUUCCUACGGGGCUAGAAUGGAGGGCUGGGAGUUUGGUCUUUGUGAGAUCUAAGGAAAACCCUGAAUUCUGUUUUCAUCUUCAACACCCCAUAUCUUUCCCUUUGCCCCCUCCUCCCCCUUGAAGAAAUGGCAAGGUCCCAAGAAUAAUAUCUGUACAAAAGGGGAAAAUGCAAGCAUGAGAAACAUUUGAGGAAAACAAUGAACGUAAGGACCAGAGAGAACCCUGUCUUUCAAGAAUAAUUCAUGUUUAUUUGUGGUGUCAAGUGACACGAUGGUACAACCUUUAUCCUUCUUCCAGAGACAAAGGGCACAGCAACUGUAGUGAGCUGACAGCUAUUUUGGCCUUUUGGAUGGGUCUAGCCAUACUUGGGAUCCCAGUGGUACAUGACCCUCUGCAGAAGGCUUGCCCCAGCCUGUGUACAUAGCACACCAUGUCUGUGGGCAGGCCCAGCACUUUCCGUCAGUGUUGUACUGUAUGUGAUGAACUGUGUUGGUCUCUGCAUUUCUCUGCAGAAGAGGAGUAACUGCUCCGGGUACCUUGAUGUUUGUACAGCCUAGAGGCCAACACUGUGGGCGUGUGACUCUUUAUUGGGGGGAAAAACAAAACAAAAAAAAAAGUCCCUGUGUGGUGAUGAUGG